AGCAAACUGUAUGGGUAAUGAUGAAUGUCCAUUGACAUUAGAUGAUGCUGGCGGCGUUUUAGGACAUGCAUACUUUCCUGACUCUAGCGGCACCUGUAGAGAAAUCCAUUUAGAUAUAAAUGAACGCUGGUAUUUUGGAAAUAAUCCUAAUAUACCCAAAAAUCAAACUAGUUUUCUUAUGGUGUUGGUUCAUGAAAUUGGACAUGCCCUCGGCAUAGCACAUAGUGCUUCUCCGAAUGCUAUUAUGUUUGCCUUCUAUCAGCAUGAGAUUCGUGGUCUAGAUGUUGAUGAUAUAAAUGCAGUACAAUAUCUAUAUGGAAGAAAAAACAAAUAUGAUUCAAUCCCAAAGUCUACCACCGCAUCAGCAAUACCAAAAACAACAACAACUAUAAGAUCUACAACUCGCGUGAAAUUAGUUUUACUGGGUAUCAACGGUACAACUUCAUUCAUUCGAUUGCCUACGAGUGUGAACACAUUUAUUCCUAGAUACGGUGUCAGGGAGAUGAAAGCGAGCGGUGACAAAAUCUUCGUAAAAUUAACUUACUCACCAAGAGCAGCAACAUUAAAAUGA